AUGCUUAAUAGAUUUAAAAAUCUACAUAAUAAACUUAAUCUUCUUAAAACUGCAUAUCCUGAACUUGAUAACAAUUAUCCUGAUGAAGAAGAAUGGAAAACUAUUAAUAAUAUAAUUUUUUUACUUGAACCAAUGUUACAUGCUACAGAAAUUCUUUCAACAAGUUCAUAUCCAACUAUAGCUGAUGUUAGGUUAACUUUUUUGGGAAUAAUUCGCCAUUUAGAAUUAUUUAUAAACAAUAAUUUAUAUUCAAAAAAUGAACAAACAAUGGCAUAUUUUAUUAAAAAUAAAUUAAAUGAUUAUUGGUCUAUUAUUAAUCAAGAUGAAUCAACAAAAAUAGCUUUAGUUCUUGAUCCAACAUCAAAGCUAAUAACAUUUCCACUUCUUACAGAAAAAGAUACUGUUCUUAUUAGUUUACGAAAUAUAAUGAAUCAAUAUAAACCACUAGCUUUAACUUCUACUUCAGUAUUUGAUGAUAAAAGAAAAUGGUUUGUAUCAUUAAUUUCACAGCAAACUAUAAUACCACAAUUAGCAGAAGAAUUAGAAUUAUAUUUAUCUACUCCACCUAUUUCAUCAUCUAUUCAAAAUG